AUGCUCAAAGAGCAAGGGCUCUAUCAAACAAAGGUUGUGACGGCUUAUGCGGUGGCCGAACAAUUCAACAUCCGCAAAGCGCGGGAAAUUCUUCAAGAGAAAGGCUAUGAGCCAGAUCCAUUUGAUACCGGCCUUUACCCCCAGGUGGUUCAUGUUCAGGUCCCUUUAGACUCCAUUCGCCGCGUUAGCAACCCGGCCACCACGGAUUUGGCUCCCAACGAAGUUGGCGAUAUUUUCGUUUUCCCCUCGGGUACCGUUGUGGCGUGGUCUCUCCCGGAAGGCUUCACGUCUUUCCUCGCAACUAGGACCUUACUACCUGCAGCCGAAAGACCUCAUCUUGAUAGCUUGGAGACGGAAGAUCUCGAGUAUGUGGAGGAUCCGCAACGAGAUAGCAGCAGCAUAAAGGGCGAUACCAUUAUCCUAGGCACCAAACCAAGCAACAAUGAAACAAGCCCGCAGCUUGAUCGACAGCCUGUGGAUACGGUUUUAACAAAAGUGGCAUUCUCCUCUGGGCUGGCUCGGAGCACAAAAUUGGCAGUGUUGGAAACACUCCUGUCAAAUUAUUUCGAAUCAACUAGAUCAAUACCUACACUAUUGUCACAAGGCUCUCGCCUUCCAUACACAAGAGACUUUAUCCUUCGAAAAACAGGGCAGUUAUUGAGCGUACGUGCCCAGUUGAAUCUUUAUUCAGAGCUCACGGACUCCUUGCCGGACCUCUUCUGGGAUAGCCGGCAUGAACUUGGGUUGGAGGGAUACUACGAACAGGUAGGAAGAGCGUUGGAUGUCGGAAUUCGCAUCAAGCUCUUGAAUGAAAAGAUGGAUUAUGCGCAGGAGAUAGCAAGCGUCCUCCGGGAGAGGCUAAGUGAGACACACGGACUGCGGCUUGAAUGGAUCAUCAUCCUCCUCAUCGCAGUUGAAGUCUGCUUUGAGGUUCUGAGAAUGUGGAAAGAGCGAGCCCAUGAGCAAGAGUUACAGAAGGAAAAGGCUAUAGAUGCGGUGAAAUCUUGA